CAGAAGGCGGCGGCGCGGCGGCUCGGAGGCGCCGGGGCCUCUCGGGGCCGCGCGGGGCCCGAGUGGAGGAGGCGACGGCGGCGGCGCGGAGGCAGGAGGAGGCCGCAGAGGAGGAGGGCGGCGUCCAUGAGGCCGGCCCGUGCCUGGAGGAGGAGGCCAUGAACGGCGACCGGACCGAGAGCGACUGGCAGGGGCUGGUGAGCGAGUACCUGGUGUGUAAAAGAAAGCUGGAGAGUAAGAAGGAAGCCCUGCUGAUCCUUUCCAAGGAGCUGGACACAUGCCAGCAGGAAAGGGACCAGUACAAACUCAUGGCCAAUCAGCUUCGAGAGCGCCACCAGUCCCUAAAGAAGAAGUACCGUGAGCUGAUUGAUGGAGAUCCCUCACUUCCCCCUGAAAAGAGGAAACAGGCUAAUCUUGCACAACUAUUGAGAGAUUCUCAGGACCGAAAUAAACAUCUGGGAGAAGAAAUUAAAGAACUUCAGCAAAGGCUUGGAGAAGUCCAGGGCGACAAUAAGCUCUUGAGAAUGACAAUUGCCAAACAGAGGCUGGGAGACGAAGAAAUCGGCGUGCGGCACUUUGCAGCCCAUGAGCGUGAAGAUUUGGUUCAGCAGCUGGAGAGAGCAAAGGAACAGAUUGAGUCUCUGGAGCAUGACCUGCAGGCCUCUAUGGACGAGCUUCAGGAUGUUAAAGAAGAGCGGUCUUCCUACCAGGACAAAGUCGAGAGGCUCAACCAGGAGCUAAACCACAUCCUGAGCGGCCACGAGAACCGAAUCAUUGACGUGGAUGCCCUGUGUAUGGAGAACAGGUACCUUCAAGAGAGAUUAAAGCAACUUCAUGAAGAGGUCAACCUCUUGAAAUCUAACAUUGCCAAAUACAAGAAUGCUCUUGAGAGACGGAAAAACUCAAAAGGCCAGGGUAAAUCCAGCAGCAGUGCUCUGACUGGAGUCCUGUCUGCAAAGCAAGUUCAGGAUCUGUUAUCUGAGGACCACGGGUGCAGUCUCCCAGCCACUCCACAGUCCAUUUCUGAUCUGAAAUCUCUGGCAACAGCCCUGUUGGAGACAAUCCAUGAGAAAAACAUGGUGAUCCAGCACCAGAGGCAGACCAACAAAAUCCUAGGGAAUCGGGUGGCUGAACUGGAGAAAAAAUUAAGAACUCUGGAAGUUUCUGGUUUGUGGAGUCUUCCAGGCCUGAGCUACAAUGUUUCCGUAGGAUUUGGGAGAGGCAAAGACACCAUACUGUUUGGUGACCCCGCUCUUCCCACCACGCAGAGGUCGAGAUCCCCACUGCUCAAGUUCGUCGAGCAGCUCGCUGAGAACAAAGCGAGUCCCAAGGAUGGGGCGGCUCAGAAGCAAGAACGAGAUGAAAGUCGUGCCGCUGCCGAGGCGUUGACAGUGCGGGAGGACGCUGGGAGGCCCGCCGUUAGCUCCCCAGCAAAUCAGAGCCACAGGAGCCAACGCAAGCACUUUCAUCCCUCGUUACCCCAGCUACCUUCUGAGGAAGAAGAAGUAAACAGGCUUGGAAGGGAAAUCGUGAAACCGACAGAGGAGCAGGCAGCUGCCAAACCAGAAGGGGUCACAAGAGAGAGUCCCGUGGAGAGUCGGAGGGACGAGAUGGGGCCAUCCCCGCCAGGCCUGGCCGCCAGUGGGUCGUGCCCCAAACCUUGCCCGGACUCUGCUGAGUCCAGCCAGCCUGCAGCAGAAGCUCCCACCCUGGAAGAUGGCAAGGAGAGGCCCCAGAGAGUGGAGGUAGGAGGAACACCAUGAAAACUUGAAGGGGAACGAGGUCAGGCAUGAUGACACAUUGAAGGCACCCGGGAUGGUAAAGAAUUAAGCAUCAGGACAGCUCACCGAAGUCACUUUCUCCUAAAACACCUCCGAGUCUGCAAGCGAAAAAGGACACACAGCUCCUGUUGCAAACUGUGAAUAUUCUGAUGAUGCCAGCACAGUUCGAUUUAUUAAAUGCGCGUCCUCAA